AUGUGCGGCAAUAACAUGUCUGCCCAGCUUCCCGCUACCGUGCCCGCCAUUGGGAAAGCCACCGCUGUGGUGAUUUUCCUUCAUGGUUUGGGAGAUACAGGGCAUGGAUGGGCAGAAGCCUUUGCAGGUAUCAGAAGUUCACAUAUCAAAUACAUCUGCCCACAUGUACCAAUUAUGCCUGUAACAUUGAAUAUGAACAUGGCUAUGCCUUCUUGGUUUGAUAUUACUGGGCUUUCACCAGAUUCACAGGAGGAUGAAUCUGGAAUUAAACAGGCAGCAGAAAAUGUAAAAGCUUUGAUAGAGCAAGAGGUGAAGAAUGGCAUUCCUUCUAACAGAAUUAUUUUGGGAGGAUUUUCUCAGGGAGGAGCUUUAUCUUUACAUACUGCUCUCACCACACAGCAGAAACUGGCUGGUGUCACUGCACUCAGUUGCUGGCUUCCACUCCAGGCUUCAUUCCCACAGGGGCCUAUCAGUGGCAUUAAUAGAGAUAUUUCUAUUCUUCAGUGCCAUGGAGAUUGUGAUCCUUUAGUUCUCCUACUAAAGUUUGCUUCUCUUACUGCCGGAAAGCUAAAAACAUUAGUAAAUCCAGCCAAUGUAACCUUCAAAACCUAUGAAGGCAUGAAGCACAGUUCAUGUCAACAGGAAAUGAUGGAUAUCAAGCAGUUCAUUGAUAAACUUCUACCUCCAGUUGAUUGAUGUCACUAAGAGGCCUCCUGUAGAAGUGCACACCAGCAUCAUUGUAGUAGCGUAUAAACCUUUUCCCGUGCCCAGUCUUGAAACUUCUAAUGUUUGCAGUGUUAAAAUGUUUUGCAAAUACACACCAAUGAUACAGACUACAUGAUACUAUCUCCUUGUGGGAAAGAUGGUCUUCUUUUAAGUUUCUAUACCUGUAUUUGUAGAAUAUGAUUCAGAAUAUACUAGUAUUAAAAUAGGUGAAGCAGCUAAGCUUCUUUUUCCCAAAGUAACUCAGCAAAAUAAUAAAAUACUGUAACCAGAUUUUUUUAUUAUGUCAUUUGACAAUUAUUAGUAUGCUUAAUGAAAAUUUGUUUAGGUAUA